AUGGAUGUCCAAUCCAUGAUUCUUCACCUUAGAGAACUAUUUGAUAAGGAGGGGCACAUUGAAAGUUAUGAGAUCUCUAAAGAACUAUUCCGACGCAAGAUGGCAGAAGAUAGUUCUGUUAGACCCCAUGUACUAAAGAUGAUUGGACUCAUCGAGAGACUUGGACAAUUGGGAUCAGCAAUGGAUCAUAAGCUAAGUAUAGACUUAGUUCUACAAUCUCUUCUUAACAGCUUUAGUCAGUUCGUGUUGAACUUCCAUAUGAAUCGAUUGGAAGCCAUGCUUUUUGAACUUCUGAAUAUGCUAGACAUGGCAGAAAGGUCCAUCAGGAAAGAUAAGGGAUCAUUGCUUUUUGUUUCUUCUUCCAAGGCUCAUAUGAAGCAAUAG